CCAAAACCACCUCCAAAAUGCCCCCUGCCGUUCACCAAGUCCCCUUCGCAGACCCCCCGUGGCUUAGAGGCGCCCCGUCGCCGUACUUCAACGCGUCGCAUCGCAGAUUCCAGGCUGCUUGUCGCGAAUUCGUCGAUGAGAACCUAAACAAGAAUGCCCUGGACUGGGAAACAGCAGAGGAGGUACCAUCCAACUUAUUCGAGGUCUUUGCAAAGGGUAACUUCAUCCUGCCGUCUUUGCCAGCGCCUUUACCUGUAGAAUGGCUUCGAAAGCUAGGCAUAACUCAUAUGCCCGGCCAGGUACCUGUAGAGGAAUGGGACACUUUGCAUACGAUGAUAUAUGCAGAUGAGAUGAGCCGCUCCGGCCUUGCUGGACCACCUGGCUCCAUCACCACUGGCGUUGCUUUUGGUAUCCCCCCUCUGUUGCAUUAUGCAGAGCCUCAGCUACAAGAAAGAUUUCUCCCAGAUCUCUUAGUCGGGCGAAAGAGAAUCUGUAUUGCUAUUACGGAGCCAGAUGCUGGCUCUGACGUCGCCAACAUUACCACGACGGCUACUCUGAGUGGCAACGAAUAUAUCAUUAACGGGACCAAAAAGUGGAUUACCAAUGGAAUGAUGGCAGACUAUGCUAGCAUGGCAGUCCGAACUGGUGGGGAAAACUCUGGAGGAAAAGGCAUUUCUUUAAUCUUAGUCCCGCUCAAGGACCAUCCUGGCGUGACAAGGAGACGACUUAAAGUUGCGGGGCAGAUUGUGGCUGGAACUUCCUUUAUCGAACUUGAUGAUGUGAGAGUCCCACGGGAAAACCUGAUCGGGCGUGAGAACGAGGGCAUGAAGUACAUCAUGCACAACUUUAACCACGAGCGUAUGUUUAUCUCUGUUGGUGUCACCCGUCAGGCUCGAGUUGCCCUGAGCAGCGCCUUCGCUUAUUGUCUUCAGCGCAAGGCAUUCAACAAGACCCUCAUGGAACAACCCGUGGUACGUCACCGACUGGCUAAAUGUGGUGCAAUCCUGGAAGCGCAAUGGUCCUGGGUAGAAUCAUUUGCAUACCAGCUCUCCAAGAUGCCUAAGGAAACAGCAGACCAAGAACUCGGUGGUCUGACCGCUCUGUGCAAAGCCAACGCUGGCAUUGUUCUUGACGAGUGUGCGAGAUGCGCUGUUCUAUUGUUCGGCGGCAACGGUUAUACACGUACGGGCAAGGGCGAGAUUGCGGAGAAGAUUUAUCGAGAAGUGCCUGGGGCCAGGAUUCCUGGUGGAAGCGAGGAUGUUCUGUUGGACUUGGCGAUUAGGCAACUAACUAAGCAGUUCCGUGCACAACUGGCCGAGGAGACAACCCAAGCCAAGAUUUAAACCCGCUCUCCACUGAAAGUGGCACCAGCAGAGAAUGGGUGAAGUAUGCUUUGGAAGCAUUUACUAAGACCAAGAUUGUUAUGUUCAACCUCACUUCUUAGCUUAAGAAUCUAAACUAUUACCCUGCUACAGCUUUGUAGAGCGCUGUGGAC